ACCUCAGUCUCCACAGCCCUUGGGACAGGAAGGAUCUGACUCUGUAGUUGAAGCUAUGGAAGAUCGCCUGGGUCUUUACACACAAGGAUGUAAUGUCAGUUUUCUUUUCCAAUGUUUAAGAAGCCUUUAAUGAAGAGAUGUGGGUAGACUUUGUGGAGGAAUGCUGAGUUUUACCAUGUGGCAAGGCAAUACUGACUGGUGCACAUCUUGAGAGUCUCCUGGCAGCCUGUUCUGUAGGGCUGAAUGCCAGCAGGAGCGGCCGGCUAAAUCCAUGAGCCUAUAAAUAGGCAAAAUCAGAACACACCAUGGGUCAGAAGGUCACAGGUGGGAUAAAGACUGUGGAUAUGAGGGACCCUGUAUACAGGCCAUUGAAACAGGAACUCCAAGGACUUGACUACAGCAAACCCACACGUCUGGAUUUGCUACUGGACAUGCCUCCGGUGUCCUAUGAAGUGCAGUUACUACAUUCAUGGAACAAUGAUGAUCGCUCGCUGAAUGUGUUUGUGAAAGAGGAUGACAAACUCAUAUUUCACCGGCAUCCGGUGGCUCAGAGUACAGAUGCCAUCAGAGGCAAAGUGGGAUAUACCCGAGGACUCCACGUGUGGCAGAUCACAUGGGCAAUGAGGCAGCGAGGCACACAUGCUGUGGUCGGGGUGGCAACAGCAGAUGCCCCUUUGCAUUCAGUAGGAUACACGACACUGGUAGGAAAUAACCAUGAAUCUUGGGGCUGGGACCUUGGGCGCAACAGACUGUACCAUGAUGGCAAGAACCAGCCAAGUAAAACCUACCCUGCCUUCUUAGAACCAGAUGAAACUUUCAUUGUGCCGGAUUCUUUCCUGGUGGUUCUGGACAUGGAUGAUGGGACACUGAGCUUCAUUGUAGAUGGGCAAUACAUGGGUGUUGCAUUUCGAGGACUCAAAGGGAAAAAGCUAUAUCCAGUGGUAAGCGCGGUGUGGGGGCACUGUGAAAUACGGAUGUGCUACUUGAAUGGACUUGACCCUGAACCACUGCCUUUGAUGGACUUGUGUCGGCGAGCUGUGAGGCUUGCUCUGGGCAAGGAAAGACUGAAUGAGAUCCCUACACUGCCACUGCCAGCAUCCCUCAAGAGUUACCUGCUCUACCAAUGACCUUCGUGUUCAAGGAUGGAGAGUUGGAACCAAGGCAAAAAUAUCAAAGUUGACCCACUGAGCAAUGGGCUCUCCACCCUUGUGUCAUCGCUACUGUUGGAACUCCUUGGCCAAAGUAUUCCUGCCACUGCUUAGAUCUCCAUGUGCCCUUAUUGGCAACUCUCAAGUAAUCCUUGUUCCACAACUGAAGUGUUUUGUUCUUUGGAAUUCUUCCCUAGCAUGCUUACAAAAGGGACAUUUACAGAAGCUCUGUGCUUCCCUGCUUCUCCUGAUGAAAGGCUGUGCUGCACCCUUUGGGUUGUAGAGCUUAGGAGUGAAUGGUUUUUCUGUACCAGCCCAAGGGAAGAACAUAAUCUGGGGAAAGGGAAGGCGUUAGGAAUGGGAAUGUUAAAACCAGGUUCUAAGAAUGGAAAGGCAUGCGGUGAGCAGCAGAGCUGGGAAGAGUCUGUAAGACCAAGAAUUAAUUGCUGAGUUCUUAAAAACCAAAAAAUAAAUAUUUAAGAAUACAACCCCAAGCCCUGAAACACCAAAACCAAGAACCCUUCCACCAGGAGACUUUCUAAUUUGGUGAUGUCAGUGAUGCCAGUAUCUGCCAGGACUUCUCACUAUGUACUAAUGUUAUUUCAUAGUGAAUCCCUGUGUGCUUGUUUAUCACCACUGCUUGCACAGUUCUGCUCUGUUCUCUGUUCUGCUGCCUCUUAGAGGGUUUGACUGAGCUGACUGAGCAGUCGUACUGUGUCUUCACCUGCUCUCUUCUGACUUAAAACUGCAGGUUUUAGUCUGGGAUCAGGGGUCCCUUGCAGAUGUGAGUACACAGAAGGGGUGAACUUCUCCCUCAAUAGGCUGAGAUAGGCUGUAUGAGCUGGGAUUUAUUAGAUGGCUAUGCAUCCUGUAUUUUAGGUCUGUCUUCUGUACAGCCUGUUCCAUGUUAAGGCUUUAGAGAAACAUACUUACAUGCUUCUCUGAUGGCUCUGCCAGGGAAUUCUCUUCUUAGGUAAGCUGCUUAGAGGCAUCCAGACCAGGCUUGCUUCUGUCACAGACCAUCAGUGUAAUCUCCACUUAACUAUGCAGCCAGAAUAGUUCUGUUUCUUGCUUGUGGGUGGGAGUCUUCCCAGAGAAGUGGCAGCAGUGUGGCUGCAGAAGUCCCAUCAGCAGAUGAGAAAUCCAGAGGGUGAUUGCUGCAGAAUGUAGCUGGUGAGACUUUACCAGAAGCCAAUGGGAUGAUCUUCAGGCACAGCAAGAAGAAACUGAACCUCUCUAGAGCUGAGGGUGGGGAUAGGAGAGAACUGCAAUAAAGAGGACAAGCAAUUCAGGCAAAAUCAGCACAUCCCAAAUAGAUUCUCACCUCAGUAGCCAAGUAAAGAGGAUGACACUCCUUUACUAGCAGGAGCUGCUCUCUUGACCUCUCCACAGGUUACUAUGCUGCCUUUCUGGGGUUAUUUUGCACAUUUCUUUGUCUUGAAAAAUGUUUGUGUGGUUGGUUUGUAUUUUUUUUUUUUUUUUGCUCUUGAGUUAUCCCUUCAGUUCUGUGUAGGUACAAAUGAGUUUAGUUGUUGAAAAUGUUAAUAUAUAUUUGUGGUGUUAUGUAUAAGAACAUGUUUUAAACAGCUGCUGUAGGUACCUUUUUUAAGAUAAACUACUUGCAUAGUAUAUUUUUUAAAGCACAGAUUUGGUGCCAAGACUGGGUGGGGUGUGAUGUGCCCCUUUUUUAAUCUAAUGUUAUAUGAUUUCUUUUUUAAUGUAGGGGUUUGUACUAGUUUCUGUUACAGGGUGGGACACAAGACUAUUCAGUGUGUGGAGCCCUGCUUGGUUGCCUUCGACUUGAACCAGUGUCUUCCAGAACUCCAGGGAAGUAGCUGUGUUCUUCCUACUUCUAAUGCUCUUCGUGCUCCCUUGUUUCCAUCUCUUCUCACCUCACCAGUACGUUGCUUUGUACAGUUUUAAAUCCUGACUUUCUAUUUUAUGACUGUAGAUAAUACUCAGUAACCUAAUAAACUUUAUUAAAUAUUA